AUGGUCGUGGUGGUGGCCCAAAAAUUUGGGGGAGCGACUGUGGGAAGCUCGUGGUGGCCGUUUGGUGGUGUUGUGAGUCGCGGUGGAGGAGCUGUGACCGAAGGAAAAGGGGAAGUGAAGGUGCAGGGAGAGUGGGGGCUGCCACGUGAAGGAAAAGUGGUGACGGGGGCCUUUUAUUGGUGGAGAUUGGGCACUAAGGAGAAGGGAAAUGAAGGCCGGGAGAUGGAGAAGUGA